AUGAUUCUCGCUAAUAGUCGUGCAUCACUGCUGCCGCUAUGGCGGUAUGCUAUCGCGCAGUGCACCAACUUGUGGAACCUCAUACUCAAUUCCCUGAGGAAGCAGCGUCGGCUGUCGCAGGAGGAUACAGCCGAAAAAUCAACGAGGGUUCCGACGCCCAAGGCACCCCCCCGACAUAUUACCUACUGGCCAGUUCCGGGAUCAUGGCAACGAAGAGAACAUCCUAAUUGGUCAAACUCCGUUUUCCAAGUGCCAGAAAAUCCGCCGCAUGGCACCAUUUAUUACGUUACAAAAGGGAAGCAAAUCAGCUGCGGAGCCACGGCACAUGUUGAGCUGCUUCCAUCAGGACAUGUUAUCAAGUACCCAAAGUCGAACCCAUACAACCCCACGGAAGAGGACAAUCAUCGAAGAGACAUGAGAACAGAGGCUGAGAUCUACCAACGAAUUGGCGAAUGCCCGUAUGUUCCCAAACUAAUCGACUGGGACCCUGAGAGUUGCUGCCUAACUCUAGAGAACUUCGAGAAAGGUAAUCUGGCGGUAUAUCUGACAUCGUCCGCAUCGAUAUCUUCCGAGAUACGACGACAGUGGACUCUGCAGGCAGCCUCUGCUGUGAGUGCGCUUCACAUGGCAGAUGUGAUUCAUUGCGAUGUUGCACCACGUAACUUUUUACUCAACGGGUCUCUCAAUCUACAUAUUGCCGACUUUGCUGGUAGUUCGGCUGCCGGGUCACCGAACACCAUCGCAGCUGGAGCUAGGUUUCAACCGCCAGGUUGGAGCUGGCAUCUCCCGGCCAAAGCGGCGGACGAUAUCUUCGCCCUCGGCUCCGUCAUGUACUUCAUCAUGGUUGGCGAGGAGCCUUAUGCUGAGCUGCCCGAGGCUGAUGUGGAAAAGCUGUUCCAGGAAGGGAAAUUUCCCCAAUGGGCGUCGCAGCACAAAUGCUGGUCGCUUUACUUUUAG